AUGAUAGAUUUCAUCGAUAACGUACGGCUAGCGCGCUGCUACUUUUCUGACGCGAGAGUUGAAACCUAUAAAAAUGCAGAAAUCCACAUCUUCGUGGACGCCAGUGAAGUAGCCUACUCCUGUGCGGCUUACAUCCGAAUUAUCAGGCCAGAUGGAACAGCGGAGUGUCAGCUAGUGUCCGGCAAGGCGAAAGUGGCGCCACUCAAGCCGAUGUCGAUUCCCAGAUUGGAAUUGCAGAGCUGCGUGUUGGGAACUCGAUUGCUGAUCUUCAUUCUACAACACAUUGGCGUUUCCAUAACGAGAUACGUACUUUGGACCGAUUCCCGAACUGCGCAGUCGUGGAUAAACGCAGACCCGAGGAACUAUCGACCGUUCGUGGCACAUCGGAUAGGCGAGAUCCUGGAACACACUACGGCUGCGGAUUGGCGGUGGGUACCGUCGAAACUGAAUCCUGCUGACGAAGCUACCAAAUGGGGAUGUGGACCCUACUUCAAGGAGGAUGCGUUGUGGUUUAGCGGACCCGAGUUUCUACGAUUACCGGAGGUAAACUGGCCAGGAUCGUCGACGAAUGUUCAGACAACUGACGAAGAGAAACGAGCGACUGUGCUUAUACAUCGAGUUCAUCAACCCGUGAUCGACUUCAGUCCUUUCUCAAAGUGGGAGCGGCUUUACCGAACAGUUGCCUACAUUCUCCGUCUUUCUCGUCGUUUCUACAAAUCAUCUGAAAGCCUUGAAAUCCUCGAACAACCAGAGCUGAUAGCGGCUAUGGAAACUAUCUACAAACAAGUCCAGCUGGAAGUCUACCCGGGGGAGAUCGCUGCCCUACAGCGAGGCGAAAACGUUCCGGAAAAGAGCCCGAUCAUACGACUUGUACCAUUCCUCGACGAAAACGGUGUGCUCCGGGAGAAUAGCAGAAUUCGUGAGUCGAAAUCAGCUCCCUAUGACGUCCGAUUCCCGGUAAUUUUACCGCAAAAGCACCGUGUGACGAUGUUGAUCGUGGAUUAUUAUCACCGACGCUACAACCAUGCAAACUCCGAAACCGUCGUCAACGAGGUUAGGCAGCUGUAUUCCAUCUCUGGCCUCCGUACCUUUACUCGACGCAUUAGCCGAAGCUGUAUGACCUGUAGAGUCCGGAAAGCUAAACCAUCCGUCCCUCCGAUGGCUCCAUUGCCGCCAGCUAGGCUAGCUGAACGAGAGCGCCCGUUUACCUACACGGGGUUGGAUUAUUUCGGCCCACUUCUCGUCAAAAUUGGUCGGUCAAACGUGAAGAGGUGGAUAGCGGUCUUUACCUGCAUGACCGUGCGAGCCGUGCAUUUUGAGGCGGUGUCCUCACUCUCCACAUCUUCCUGUAUCCUUGCAGUCAGACGGUUUGUGGGACGCCGCGGUGCACCGGCUAUAUUCUUCAGCGACAACGGGACAAACUUCGUUGGGGCGUCAAGAAUACUUCAGCAGCAGAUCAACCAAGGACUAUCCAACACUUUCACGAAUGCCGAUACUAAGUGGAAGUUCAAUCCUCCGGGGGCACCACACAUGGGGGGCGUGUGGGAAAGACUGGUGAGAUCUGUCAAGGUGGCAAUUGAAGAUGGGUACUCUGAGGGUAAACUAGACGAUGAAGGGCUCAAUACUUUGAUAGUGGAGGCUGAAAGCAUAAUUAAUUCAAGGCCUCUGACCUACCUUCCUCUAGAUUCCGCUGAAUUUGAAGCACUUACUCCGAACCACUUUCUGUUGGGGAGUUCCAACGGUAUUAAACAACCCGCAGUUCCAAUUGCAAAACAACGGAACCUUCGGGAUACAUGGGGUCUUAUUCAACGUGAACUCGAUAUCUUCUGGAGACGCUGGACGAAGGAGUACCUUCCUAUCUUACGACGGCAGGACAAGUGGUUCCAAGACGCGGAACCGAUUGAAGUUGGCAGCUUGGUAUUGAUCGCGGACCCACGGACCCGCAACGGUUGGGUACGAGGACGUGUGGUGGAGAUAUUCAUCGGAUCCGAUGGCCAGGCCCGUACAGCAGUGGUGGAGACGGCGAAUGGUGUGUUGAAGCGAGCGGUCCAUUACCUAGCACGACUGGACAUGAGUAGCGGAAAUGGUCAAAACAGUGCAGUCUCAGGGACGGCUGAGAUGCACCCGGGGGAGGAUGUCGGCACCACUAGCAGCACUGCUCUGAUUGUCAAUAAGCAGCACCGUGUGUGA